AUGGCAGGCGUCGUGCCCGUAAAUGAAGAACAUUUUACCGUCGGAGAGAUGUUAAGAAAUCCCCCGGGGGAUUUUCGUAAAAGGAAGUCACUCAGAAGAAGCGAGGCGGUGAGCGGAGGGUCUUGGGGAAGAGCUACCCAGUCCCUGGGAACAGCUGCCAGUUCUCGGGUAACAGCUGCCCGCCCCCGGGGAAUAGCUGCCUGUUCUCGGGAAGAGUUGCCCGGUCUCGGGGAACAGCUGCCAGGUCUCGCGGUACAGCUGCUAGGUUUCGGGGAACAGCUGCCAGGUCUCGAGGAACAGCUGCCCGGUCCCGGGGAACAGCUGCCAGGUCUCGGGAAGAGUUGCCCGGUCCCGGGGAACAAUUGCCAGGUCUUGGGGAAGAGCUACCCAGUCCCUGGGAACAGCUGCCAGUUCUCAGGUAACAGCUGCCCGCCCCCGGGGAAUAGCUGCCUGUUCUCGGGAAGAGUUACCCGGUCUCGGGGAACAACUGCCAGGUUUCGGGGAACAGCUGCCAGGUCUCGAGGAACAGCUACCCGGUCCCGGGGAACAGCUGCCAGGUGUCGGGGAACAGCUGCCCGGUCCCGGGUAACAGCUGCCCGCCCCAGGGGAAUAGCUGCCUGUUCUCGGGAAGAGUUGCCCGGUCUCGGGGAACAGCUUCAUUCUUUUCCCUUUUUUCUAUCUAUCGAUCUAUCUAUCGGGACAGUCUUUUUUUUUAUAUAUUUCAUUUACUAUUACACUGUAACUCUUUGUUACAAGCAACAGUUCAUCACGAUCUAUCUAUCUAUCUAUCUAUCUAUCUAUCUAUCUAUCUAUCUAUCUAUACUGAGAUCAUUUUUUCUAUCUAUUUAUCAAAACUUUAUCUAUCUAUCUAUCUAUCUAUGUAAUCAAAACUCUAUCUAUCUAUCUAUCUAUCUAUCUAUCUAUCUAUCUAUCUAUCUAUCUAUCUAUCCUCAGGUCACUUCCUAUCUAUCUAUCUAUCUAUCUAUCUAUCUAUCUAUCUAUCUAUCUAUUGUCAGACUAUCUAUCUAUCUAUCUAUCUAUCUAUCUAUCUAUCUAUCUAUCCUGAGAUCAUUUUUUCUACAUAUUUAUCAAAAAUUUAUCUAUCUAUCUAUCUAUCUGUCUAUCCUGAGAUCAUUUUUUCUACAUAUUUAUCAAAACUCUGGCCAUCUAUCUAUCUAUCUAUCUAUCUAUCUAUCUAUCUAUCUAUCUAUCUAUCUAUUAUCAUCUAUCAUCAAUCUAUCUAUCUAUCUAUCUAUCUAUCCUGAUCAUUUUUCUAUCUAUCUAUCUAUCUAUCUAUCUAUCUAUCUAUCUAUCCUCAGACAACUUUCUAUCUAUCUAUCUAUCUAUCUAUCUAUCUAUCCUGAGAUCAUUUUUUCUAUUUAUCAAAACUCAUUCAUCUAUCUAUCCUAUCCUCUGAGAUCAUUUUUUCUAUUUAUCAAAUCUAUCUAUCAUCUAUCUAUCUAUCUAUCUAUCUAUCCUGAGAUCAUUUUUUCUACAUAUUUAUCAAAAUCUAUCUGGCCAUCUAUCUAUCUAUCUAUCUAUCUAUCUAUUGUCAGACAACUUUCUUUCUAUCUAUCUAUCUAUCUAUCUAUCUAUCUAUCUAUCUAUCUAUCUAUACUGAGAUCAUUUUUUCUAUCUAUUUAUCAAAACUUUAUUUAUCUAUCUAUCUAUCUAUCUAUCUAUCUAUCUAUCUAUCUAUCUAUCUAUCCUCAUCCCCAGUCACUUCCUAUCUAUCUAUCUAUCUAUCUAUCUAUCUAUCUAUCUAUCGUCAGACAACUUUGUAUCUAUCUAUCUAUCUAUCUAUCUAUCUAUAUCUAUCUAUCUAUACUGAGAUCAUUUUUCUGCAUAUUUAUCAAAAAUUUAUCUAUCUAUCUAUCUAUCUAUCUAUCUAUCUAUCCUGAGAUCAUCUAUCUAUCUAUCUAUCUAUCUAUCCUGAGAUCAUUUUUUCCUUCCCUAUCUAUAUUUAUCUAUCAUUUAUCUAUCUAUCUUCAGGUCUAUCUAUCUAUCUAUCUAUCUCAUCUGUAUCUAUCCAUUUAUCUCUAUCUAUUGUUUUGA